AAGAGAAGAAAAGAAGGAUGUGGUUGGUUAUGCCACUUAGAAAACUCGUAAAGCACAGUCUCUAAGAAAAUGCUUUCAUGCUCUGUAGAUGAACCUGGACUGAAGCAAUGCUGCUGAUCUGCUUGCUGGGGUUCAGGAGUUGUCUGAAACAAUCCUAAAGCCACAGGAGAUUCCUUCAAAAAAACUGUUGAGGACAGAGAAAAUUUCCUCAGAAGACUGGAAAAGAGCAAACGUGGUACCUCUCUCAGGAACGUGGAAAAGAAGGAGUUGGAAAAACUAGAUCUGUGAUCCUGGUUUUAGCAUUUGAGAGAAAUACUGGAAUCAGCCACCAAAGAAUCUGUUUUCAAGCGGGCAGAAAUGACCAACACCAGCGACAACUGCAGUUUUACAGCCGUGGACAGCUUGGCAUGGACGGUGCAGCUGGGGAUCUCCAUCCCCACCUUCAUCCUCGGGCUGGUUCUCAACAGCCUGGCCCUGUCUGUGUUCUGCUGCUUUUGGAGGAAGCAGACCAAGACCUCCGUGUACAUGAUCAAUCUGGCGCUGGCAGACGUCCUGCUGCUCCUCUCGCUGCCACCAAAGCUGUACUACUCUGUCACCACGGUGCCUGGCCUGCUCUGCUCCUUCAUACAGGCUCCUUACUUCGUCAACACCUACACCAGCAUCUUCAUCAUUGUCUGCAUCACCGUGGACAGGUACAUCUGCAUCAGGCACCCCUUUGAAGGCCGAGCUAACCAGUCCCCCAGGUGGGCUCUCUUGAUUUGCGGCUUCAUCUGGGCAGUGGCUUGGAUCUGCAGCAGCCCCAUUUAUGUGUUUCACAAGAAGGAACCCAUUAAAUGCUUUCACAACAUGUCAGCCCAGACGUGGAGCGUUCCCUUCAUUGUUUCUGUGGAAAUAUUUGGGUUUCUGAUCCCACUGGUGGUGAUGGUUUUCUGCUCUGCUCAAACCAUCUGGAUUCUUCUGAAUCACAAAACUCAGGACAAAAAGAGUGUGGAAGAAAGCGGCUCCCUGCGGGUGAUCGUGAUCAACCUCGUGGUGUUCCUGGUGUGCUUCACACCCGUGCACCUCGGGAUCUGCCUGCAGUGCCUGGUGAAGCAGCAGGUGAUCGUGGGCUGCACAGUGAGGCAGACCAUCAGCCUGUUCCUCCAGGUGUCCAUGACGUUUGCCAACCUGAACUGCUGCCUCGAUGCCAUCUUCUACUAUUUUGCUGCAAAGGAAUUCUGUAAGAAAGCGCAGCUGAAAAGGGUCAUUGAGCUGUGUCCUGUCUUUAACCCCUGUGCCGUGAGCUGGCACUGCCGGCACUGGGAGAGCUCCCCUUGCCAGGACACCGACUGUGCCACGCCUGGCACGGCCACCACCACAGGGAGAAGGACAACGUGUUCCCAGUGAAUGUAAACCUCUUCCCUAUUUUUCUUCCCUUUAAAGAUGAAGGGGAAAAAAGUUUGAUUAAUGAGCCAGCAUUAACAAAGUGACAGACUGACACCAAAAGCAUUAGCCUUGACAGUAUUUAGAAAAUGCGAAAAGCUUGCCAGAGGGAAAGUAAGCAGAUCACAGGAAUGCUUUUUAACAUCAGCUUUUGUCACAGCUGCACCAGUUUUCCUUUUACAUCCGUGAUCAGAAAGGUGCUGCUAAGAGCAAACACAGAAAAAAACUAUUCAUAACCUUUCUGACUUAGAAGGUAUCUUGGGAGUUAAAAAGCAGUAUCCAGCCAGAAGUCUGACCCUGCAGAAGGUCAGUGUUGGAGCUCUCUGCUUUGGACAGCCUGGCCAGCCUGGGACAGCAGGGAAUCCUCCCUCCUGCAAGCUUCACACACUGCUCAGGGCUGCUGUGAGGGACAGCAGGUUUUGCUCUUGCAUGGAAGACAUGCUGCCCAGAAUAAAAACCCAGGGGAUUACCUCAGGUACCUGCCAUUCUUGAUCAACAAACUUCCCUGAUUCCCUGUGCUGAGGAGUCCCCGUGGCUUUCUCCUGCAGUUUUAAAACGGGUUUUGCCUGUGUAAGUCCAAACAACCCAUUCAAAUACGAGACUCAGAGAAAGACUGAAUGUGUUUCUACAUCAGUGCGUUUCUAUCAAAGAUAUAACACAUGUAUGAAAUUCUCACUGUUUCUCAGAGCAGGGGAAUUAAGAAAGCAAGCCCUGCAUCACAAAUCAGGGAGUGAUUGAUAUUCUCCUCUCUCCCAGCUCUCUCCAGCUCAUUCCUUAGGGGAGCCCUUCUGCCUGUACUGUGCAUUUCUCUGAACAUCUCUGGGCUUGCCUGAACCCUUUGGGUCAGCAAUUCUGGGUUGUCACCACCCUAAUGCCAUUUGCAAGUUUGGCUCUGACUCUAAUCUAAAGGGUUUUUUUGUUGCAAUUUAAGACAAGCAUUUCUUGAACCCUUAUCUGGGCAUGCUUGGUGCUCGUAACCAGAAUCGCUUUCACAAAAAUAAAUCAUUUCCUUUGCCUUUCUAAAACAGCUGUGAAAAAAGUCAAAGACUGCUGGGAGUCAGGUUUCUGGGGCAGGUAUUCCUUUUAUUAAAAAUGUAAAAAGAAAUUACUUACUCUCUGUGGCAAAAUAAAAAGAAAGGGAUCUGGUUUUGAAAAUACAAUUUGCUGUCCAGCAAUUUCCAUAGAAAAGAUUGACUGUACAAGUAGGCAGCAGCACAUACCUUACAGUGGGCCAAGUAUAUGAAUAUUUUAAAAUUGUCAGUACUAAAACUAUGAGCACAGCUGAGGGGGAAAAUAUUUGUAGCAUCACCUUUGCUGCUUUCUGUAAAGAAGAGUUUUCCAAAACUGCAGAUUUUCUAAACAUUAUUUGUUACUGCCUCAAUCACUCAGAAACUUACAGAUUUUCAAUAGGGGUUAACCUUUCUUCUUUGCACCUUUCACAUUACUUUGCAUACAAAAUAUG